AUGGUUUGUUUGAAGAAAAAUUACUUCUGCAGCGUACUUUUAAAUUACUUCUCAUCAAUGGAUCAUCUAGCGAUUAUUUACAACGAAAAUCAAUGGAGGAUUAAUGCAGUGUCGCCUUUAAAUAACUUGCAUUUUAACGAGGUGAAAUUAAAGCAAUAUGCUACAACAAUUAAACAACACCUUGUUCGUGCGGUUUUCGCAAACGCUUCCAUUAAGUUCACUGUUUCUUUUGAAGAGUUACCAUACCUGAAGUUCUCUCCAGAAGAUCCUAAUGGAAUACUGCUAAGAGUGGAAUCAGUUAAAGAAUCAAAAACAAAAACGGCUUAUGAAGCAAUUUUUCUGACAUGGGGUACACAUUUAACACUUAAAGAUGCCAUCCACUUGCCUUACAUGGUUGAAAGAGGUGAACAAAGAGUUGGUGUAUCUGUGAAGAGUUCCUUGCAAAAUAUAUUUGACUGUAACAUUAAGGAAUACAAUUUUUCACAGUUACAGUUACUACAAAUAGGAUUCAAUUUUCUCAAUGUUGAUACUUCUAAAAGUACAGAUCUUUUCAUAAUUGGCUAUAAAAUACCACAAACUGAUAUAACCCAGAAAGUAUCGUUUAAAUUUGAGGUUGGUGAAAUGAGGAGAAUUUGGAACAGCCUUAAAAAGGAGUGUUUAAAUGAACUAGAAUUGGUUCAAGUGAUGUACCAAAAUCUGCAAAAUCAAAUAUUUUAUAUGAUUACAUUAGAUGUUACAGUAUUUGAGCUAAGUGAAGUUAUUUUACCUAAUGCUGAAGUGAGGAGCAAUGGUACAGUGAAAAUGAAGACAGCACAGGCUAUAAACUCACUAUUUGUAACAUUGAACCAGUAUUUCAGAUAA